AUGGAUCCAAGGGGCCCUCCUGAGGGGGCCCCUGUUCAUUCCUUUGAAAUUCUAAACAUUGAUAAAGUGUCUGACACUUCAGUGAAUUGGCCUGCUGAUCAUUCACUCCAUUCAUCAAUGUGUGAACAGCCUAAAAAAAUGAAUAACAAAUUAUUAUUUUUAACUGUGGAGUACGUGGAAGAUCAGACUCGAGAAUAUCCUAGACUGUUCCCAACAUACGAACAAGUUUCCUUUUCCCCCAGAGCUUCUUCUCCACUUUCUGACUUUGAACACCGUGUUAGUCCUCUUGACCCAAAUAUGAGUUCAGCUGCUAGGUAUUCACCUACUCCUGUACAACUUCCACCAUCUCCUUUUCAUAAUGCUGUUGUUGUUUUACAAGGUCCAUCUUCUCCUUUAAUAUCCCCCCCCGAGUCAAAUGAAAGAACAUCUGUUAACUAUGUUUCUCAGUUGACGCAUCCAAUAGAUGCACAGAGUGUACAACAGACAGAUAAUAAUCCUGACUUUGUUGCCAAUGAGAAUGAAGAACAGUUGGUCCCUGGUGUUAGUAGUGAAUUGAUUCUGAUGCAAGAAACUAAUGCUGGAUUAGUAUCAUCAGCAACUCCAUUGAUGCUUACAGCAAUUCCUAGUACAGACUUUGCAUUAAGUAGAGAUUUUCUUGUUAUGCAAGAUGAUCAGAUAAACGUUAUAAAUUCGUUUAAAACUCAAAAUAUUGAUGUAGAUGAUGCUACUUUAUCAUCUGCUGCAGAAAAUUCAAACAAAGAGAAUGAAACAAACGCUUUGGUUGAGCUAAAGGGACAAGAGAUUAAUCAGAUAUUAGUGAAUACGGAGGUACAGAAGGAUAGUGAAAAGCAGAAUAUUAGACGUUCCAAACGUCGUAUAAACGAUAAAACAGAUUCUUGUUGUGACGAAGGUGAUGAUGUCUGUACUGGAGAUAAUUGUACAUCACAUAAUGUAUGCACAAUAGCAGAUCAACCUGUACCAUCACGUGCUAUAGCUACACUGCCAGGGUCGUAUCUAUCCAUAAAUAAAUUGUCUGAAUCCGAAAUCAUAUUAGGUGGAUCCGAUUAUGGAGUAUUUGCAAAACGCUAUAUACAAAAACGUACUCAAUUUGGUCCAAUAGAGGGCAUUUUGUACCCUUAUGAUGGUUCUCCAUUUAAAAAUGAAUUGCCACUACUCUACGAAGCCGAAAACGAGCAAUUUUUAAAAGUAGACGUUUCAAAUGAAAAUACUUCAAAUUGGAUGCGUUUCGUCAGACCUGCAUUGACGUAUGAAGAACAAAAUGUAGUAAUUUGCCAACAACGCGAUGGAAUAGUAUUUCUUACAACAAGGCAUAUUGUGCCAAUGGAAGAAUUAAAGGCUGGUCCUAGCACUGAUUAUGCAGUUCGUAGGAACUUAAUAGUACUGAAACCUGUGCAAGAAACUAAGGGUGAUAAAGAAUCAAAAAAUCAAUUAUUUUCCCGGACACGAUUAGAAGAUAAUCAGUCUCGUCGCAUGAAAGUCUUUCACGGUAUAAAUUUAAAAGAAAAGGAAAAUUCGAGACAAAAUAAUUCGAAGGAAUGGAAAUGUUCCGUUUGCAGUUUAAUUUUUAGAAAGCCAUUGCUGCUUAAUUUACACACUCUUGUUCAUGGUACUGAUAAAAUAAAAACGAAGAUUUCGAACACUAUUUGUCCACAGUGUGGACUGCGCUUUCAGAAACAGAAAGAAUUAGUUAAUCAUGUCUCACAACACGGUAGAUUUACUUUUAAAAAAAAAAACAGAUUGACUCCUUUGUCUACAUAUAAGUGUUCGAUGUGCUAUAAACGUUUUGCUACAAAAGUACGGUUACAACAGCACUGUUUGGUGCAUGGUGCUGAAGACCAAAAACCACUGCCAUGCAACAUUUGUUUCAAAAGAUUUAUGAAUAAUUCAGCCCUGUCUUGUCAUUUAAAAACACACAGAGAAAAUAAACAAGUGUUUGAAUGUCCAAUGUGCCGAGAACUAUUUAGUCAGAGCAUCACAUUGAAAGAUCAUAUUGAAACUCAUAAGAAAGAAGACGAUACUUUCAGCUGUCCCUACUGCCAAAGAAUAUUUAUGAAAUAUUCCGUUAUUCGCAAGCACAUUAGAGCGCAUCAUUGCGAAAGAAAACACAAAUGUCAAGUCUGUACAAAACGCUUCGCUACAGUUGACAAAUUACAAAUGCAUCUGCUGAAACAUUCUGAUCAUAGAGAAUUUCAUUGUGCCAAUUGUGGAAAACAAUUUAAAAGAAAAGAUAAAUUAAAGGAACACAUGACGAAGUUGCAUAAUUCACAAACAGCUACCGAAGAACAAAUGUCGCAAGUUACACAGACAAAGAAAUUUGUUCCGAAGGUAAACCCUAAUGAUUACAAUCGCUUCAUUUAUAAAUGUCAUCAAUGCCUGGUGGGCUUUAAACGAAGGGGAAUGCUUGUUAAUCAUUUGGCAAAACGUCAUCCUGAUGUUGCACCAGAAUCUGUUCCAGAAUUGAACUUGCCUAUCUUACGCCAAACAAGAGACUAUUACUGUCAAUAUUGUGACAAGGUCUAUAAAAGCAGCAGUAAACGGAAAGCACAUAUCAUGAAAAACCAUCCGGGAGCUGCUUUACCACCGAGUAAUAGGCAAAAGGAGUCCGAUUAUUCUGAUCUACCAAAUCCAACGUUUAGUCAAACAGUUGGUAGUGUUACAACUACACCUCAGGGUUGUCAGUGGUGUCACAAACAGUAUGCUAGUAAAGCAAAGUUGUUACAACAUCAACGUAAGAAGCACUCUAAUAUGUUGGAACCCGCUGACCAAGUACCACGGACGCGCAGCCGACAACCACAGAAUCAAAAUCAACCCCCUAUACUUAUCGAAGAUCAGUUCGUGUUAUCCGAGUAUAUUCAAGCGUGCGACACGAAUUCCGAGUUCUUUAAGCCGAAAGUAAUCAAAAUAUCCGAGGAUGUUGAUCUCAUAAGUAACGGAUUGGAACUUGUCGGGCAACAGUUUGUUCGUAUGCGAGACAUACGUUGA